ACAGUAACGACGAGUGGCGAGUCAAUAAAGGACGGAUUUAUUCUUUGUCACGGCUGCUUAAAGCGUAGUUCGUUCAACGAAUUACAAACUAAAACAAGUUCGUGAAUAUGGCGACAAUGUAUUAUCCACCUUAUAGACCUCAAAGUGAACAAGUAAGUUAUUUAUAAGAAAUUCUCAUUAAAAUAUACUUCCUCUCUUUUCAAUCGUUGCUGAGGAUAGACAGCAAUUUUUAUGUAAUAUUUUUGAUUUCGUGUUAAAAUCAAUGGUGUUGCUCUAUAAACAAAACAAUCGGAGAUAACGCACUUUAAAUGUUGUAUACUGCCUGUAAAAUUUCAAUAUUAAAUGUAUCUUAUAUAGUUUAUAUAUAAAUUUAUAUAUGUACUAGUAUAUUAGACGUGUCUACUGUAUAGAUAAUAUGAGAAGUAAAAGGGAAUUUCGGCUUAAAAAUAGGCGAUCAGGUAGAAUUCUGUCAAUUAAAUGAGGUAUGAAAUAAGAUGAAUGAUCGAUAAUCGAUAAAAUCUUGAUAUAUUGAAAAAAUUAAGAGUAUAAUUUAUAUAAUCAAUAUAGAAGAAGUAGAAUGAGGAGGAGGAGGAGGAGGAGGGGGCGGAGAGAAUGAUAUUAAAUUGCAAAAUGUUGGAUCUGCUUUUUACUUUUCUUUCUUAGCUUCUAAAUGACAAUGACGAUCAGCUACCUAGCCAAGACGCCCUGGAGAAAGUACUACCAGAAUACAGUUAUAUAUUCGUUGAUCCUAUUCCAAGGAUAAAGCCUCCCGGAUCUCUACUGAAGGAUGCAAAUCCUCAAGCAAAUUCUUCCGAUCCUUCUGAUCAAGUCGUUUUACAGUACCAAUUAGGAGAAUUGCAAAGAUAUAGGGAAGCUGUUCACAGAAUGGCUAAUGAUAUUAUUGCUUUAAGACAGCACAUUACUGAAUUGCAAAGCGUAAAUAGUGGCCUAAAGUUACAACUGGCCCAGUUUAAAGACGCUAGCAGAUUGAUACACGAUUCAGCCGACUUGGAUGGAUUAACAAAAGAAGAAAUGGUAGAGAGAUACGCGGCCAUAAAGCGGAAAGUAGUUAGUCAGUCUGCGGAUAUGGAAACGUAUAGGGAGAAUAUCAGACAAUUGAAGAAUUUAUUAAUAGAUAAGGAUGAAGAUAUUCAAAAGCUAAGUCGUGAUACUUUGAAUAAGGAUAGUCAAAUGAGGGUUUUAGCUAAACUAAGAGAGACUCAAGCAAAGUCCGAAAGGUAUAAGAACGCAAUUGAACAACAAGAGAAAGUCAUUGAAAAAUUAGAAAAAGUCUUACAAAAAUCAUCGACGUCUAAAAUAUCAUCUGAAAAGGGUAAUGAACGUUACGAAGCUCUCCAGGCAGAAAAUCAAAGAUUAAAAGAUCAACUACACAAUUAUCAGAAAGACGAUAAAGAGAGGGGAAAGAAUCAAAAAGAGAGUGACGAAGAACGUUUAAGAAUGUAUGAGAAAAUUGAUUUCUACGAAGAAAGGAUAAAAUCACUCGAGAGUCAAAUUAUAACGAGUGCUAAAGAUUGGGGAAGAGAGAAGACUGAAAUGAACUUGAAAAUUCAAGAAUUAAAGAGAAAGAGUAAAAUUCGACCAGUAUUUAGUCCGCAUCACCGAUUCGAGAAGUAAUAAAAACUAUGAUUUAUACGUAAAAUUAUGUAAUUGUACAUAUUUCGUUAUCAGUUCAUUUGUAGCUGAAUAAAUCAAUUAUAUUCUGAAUAUAUUAUAUAUUAACGUAACUGUAUGAAAAGAAUAGAAUUCCAAUUUAUUCAUUCUUGUGUUGUGUAGGAGCUUUCUCCUUUUCCCUCUAUCUCUAUCUCUCUCUCUCUUUCUUUCUCUCUCCCUCUCUUUUCUCUCCUUUUUGCAAACUUUUCGUUACUUAUUCAACAUAUAGUGUUUCGUGUAAGUAUCAAUAUGUUUAACAUUAACAAUUGUCAAUUUCUUUAUUCAUUUCUAGAUUAGAUCAAUACAUAUCUUUAUGAUAAUCCCACGCUAAUCCUCUAUUCAAAUCACAAUAUUAUUCACUCGAAUUGUU